UUGGCGUCACGAAGGAGCGCGGAAGAAAGACGAUGCCCUGCCCCGGAGGAUAUAAAUACAAGGAGCGGGAUCAUAGCCAGAAAUCACACCGAAGCCUUCACUGUCUCAUUCUCUCUGCGGGAGACCAGGCUCACAGGAUCUCCGACACCAUGAAAGGCUUGAGGACAUUAACUUAUGUACUCACCUUUUUACUUCUGGCGUCGUUUGUCGCACAGUCUUGGAGCGCACCGAAGGGCUCUUUCCAGCGGAGAAACUGGACCCCGCAGGCUAUGCUGUACCUCAAGGGAACUCAGGGACGCAGGUUCAUCUCAGAGGACCGAAAAGAAGGAGAUGUCUAUGACACCUUACACUUGGAGACCCGUAGUCAGAACACAGAGAAGCUGAGCGUGGAUCAGGCAGCCACCGUCCUGCUCAACUUCCUGCAGCAAGCCAGAGGGGGAGCAGAUGAAAACCCUGAUGAGCUGUAUUUCCGGGAGCUACCCGUGUGGAAAAGAGAAUAUUUCUGAUAGUCUUUCAUACAUUUGUAAAUCUGCCAUUGUCUUUGUUCUUCGAAUGUAAGGUGUUCAGUCCUGUGUGAGGGAGAAGAACAGCUGUUUUGUAAAUAUGAAUUCUGUUAUGAUGAUGGAAAUGUGAUGUUUUAAUAAAAAGAGUUUGAAUUCAUAGCAUAA